AUGAUUAAGCAUUUAAUUAAAAACGUUUCAAAUUCAGUUAAAUAUAAUAAUGUAACAAGUAACAAUAUAUUAUUUUCAACAUCAUCAUCAUUAAAAUUUGGACGUAAAUUUACAACAGAAACACAACAAGAAUGUAUUUUAGAAAGAUUGGAGGGUGAAAAUAAAGGUAUUAGUGUCAUUUCAUUUAAUAGAGGACAUGUAAAGAAUGCACUUGGUAAAAAUUUAAUGAAUCAAUUUAGAUCACAUUUAAAUGAACUUAGAUUUUGUCCAGAUACAAGAGUAGUUAUUGUUCGUAGUUUAGUUGAUGGUGUAUUUUGUUCAGGUGCUGAUCUUAAAGAAAGAGCUUUAAUGUCACAAGUUGAAGCUUCACAAUUUGUUCACUCAUUAAGAUCAUCUUUUACAGAAUUAGAGACAUUACAAAUGCCAACAAUUGCAGCAAUUGAAGGUGUUGCAGUUGGUGGUGGUACAGAAAUGGUAUUAGCAUGUGACUUUAGAGUUGCAAGUAAAUCAUCAAAGAUGGGAUUACCAGAAACUGGAUUAGCAAUUAUUCCAGGUGCAGGUGGUACACAAAGAUUACCAAGAUUAAUUGGUAUUCCAAGAGCAAAAGAAUUAAUUUUUACAGGUGCAAUUUUAGAUAGUAAACGUGCAUUAGAGAUUGGUUUAGUUCAAUAUGAAACUGAAAAAGGUGAAGCUUUCGAUAAAGCAAUUGAAAUUGCAAAACAAAUCAUUCCAAAAGGUCCAAUUGCAAUUCGUAUGGCAAAACAAGCUAUUGAUCGUGGUAUGAAUGUUGAUCAAGCCUCUGGUAUGAUCAUUGAACAAGCUUCUUAUGCUCAAGUAAUUCCAACAAAAGAUAGAAUUGAAGGUUUGACUGCUUUUAAAGAAAAGAGAAAACCAAUUUAUAAAGGUGAAUAA